AAUACACAUAAAGUGUGUAGAAAAGCUUGAAACGUGUUUCACCUUUUUGGCUCAAAUAUUACACUUAUGGUAUAGCUCACAUGUUUGUAAGAUACUACUAAUAGUAAUACUAUGGAUAGUCUACCUAAUCAACCUGACGAUCCUGAGCUGAAGAACAUUAUUGACAAGUUGGCCAACUUUGUCGCUCGCAAUGGACCGGAAUUUGAGAAGAUGACCAAACACAAGCAGAUGAACAACCCUAAAUUCAAUUUUCUGUAUGGCGGCGAAUAUUUCAACUACUACCAGUGCAAAGUAGCGACUGAGCAACAAUUUAUCCGACAGCGUAAAGAGAAACUGGCCCAUCAACAGGCUAUAAUUCAAGACGUCAUAACCCAACAGUCCAUCCAGUCAGCGCCAUGGCAGCAGCAGCAGCAAGGACCUCCCCAGCACCCUCCUCCAUCGAUGGCCCCGCCUCCACAGAUGCAGCAACCUCCUCAGUCCAUUCCAACAAUCAGUAGUUCUCCUUGGCAGCAGCAGCACCAUGCUCCCCCGCCGCAGCAGGCACAGCCCCAGAUGCCGCCGCAGCAGCAGAUACCUCAUCAUGGCGUGUCGUUAGAGCAGCAGCAACAGCAGCUCCAAAUCCAGCAGCAGCAACUGCAGCAUCAGCUCAACGCCGAGAAGGAGAAACAGGCACUGCUGUUAAAAGAACAGAGGGAUAAACAGGACAGGCUGCAGAAGGAACAGCUGGUACAGAGGGAGCGAGAGCACAUGCAGGAACAGAUCAAGGAGAGUGAGGAGAAUCUACGUAAACAGCAUGACUCUUUUGUCGCCCAACAACAAGAGCAGAUUGAGCUGGGACUAAUAACAGCCAGGGAGGAGAAGGUUCAGAUGAUUGCCAAAGACCUUGAUGUUGACAUUAGUGAGCUUGAAACAAGACUACAGGCCAUCAUUGAGUCAUGCACAAAGGACGCAAUAGCGAAUGGGAAACAGUGGAUAUUCUCUACGGCCAAGACAGACGAGCACUGUCAGCUGAUAACCCUUUACAUCCUUCAUAAGAUCAUUCCCAAGGACACGCCCUUUGAGACCAAGCUGCAUCUUAUCUACCUCAUCAACGACGUCAACCAUCACUGUGUGAGGAGAGGAUCCGAAGAACUUCAGACAGCUUUAGGGAACAUCGUAGCGCCUACCUUCUGCUCAACUUAUCUGAGUGCUGACGACGGAGAAAAACAAAAACUCAACAAGGUACUUCACCUGUGGGAGUCCAACAACUAUUUUGAGGCCAGCGUGAUGAAAGAACUCAAGACCCCCAAAGAGUCACUGGCAGCCUUCCAAGCAAAGCAACUGGAGGAGUUUGCAGAAGUUGUAAACAACGUGACAGAGAACAUCCAGGAGCAGAUGUCGAGUCUUCAGAAGCAGCACCAGGAGUUUGUGGAUCAUGUCACAUCUAUGCUUCGUCUCUUGGAUGCGCAACAGGAGAAGUUAAAGGCAGAGGAGGAUGACAGUGAUUCCAAAGACGCACAGAAGUCAGAAGAUGUAGACUCUCUGAGCAGUUCUCAGCAGCUUCCUGAUGUAGGCAAAGCCCUACCCUCUAUACCCGGUGGGGUGAAUAUGCCCCCUACGAUGGCCAGCAUGCCAAUUAUGGGAGGACCUGGAAUGCCUAUAAUGAAGCCACCAGUGGGUGCAGCAGUACCUCCAGGACCUGGUAUGCCUCCUGGUGCUGGACUUCCACAAGUUCCGCUUGACACCAUCGCCAACAUGUUCCCAAACUUCGACCCUUCUAUCCCCCCUCCUGGAUUUGUGGGGAUACAUAGACCACCAUUCCAGCCAGGUAUGCCCCCGACUUUCCCCCCACCUCAGCCCGGUAUGCCACCCCUUCACAUGUUGCCCCCACCCAACGCCCACGGCGCACUGCCACCCAUGCCAGACUUCUCAAAGCCUCCUCCGGGAUUCAUGGACUUCCCCCCAGACUUCAACCGGCCACCCCCUGAUAUGGAACUCAUGCCUCUAGAUCCGAACGACCCCUCGUUGAUGCCCAUGGUGCCGUACUUUGACCUGCCAGCUGGACUGAUGGCUCCACUUGUCAAGCUUGAAGACACUGAGUACGAGCCGCUGGAUCCUGAUAUGAUCCGCCUGCCCCCUCCCCAGCCCCCAAGCAAUCGCCUCCUGGCCGCUGUAGAGGCAUUCUACGCCCCACCAUCGAGGGAAGCUCCUAGGAACAGUGAAGGAUGGGAGCAAAAUGGUCUGUUUGAAUUCUUCAAGGCAAAGCAAAAGUAUUCCAAACUGAAGAAGGACCGACUGGAGAAAGAAGGACUACAGAGGAAGGUUCACAUCCCCUCCCCAAUUAGACGGGACAGCUCCUCAUCGCGAUCACCGUCUCCAGUACGAGAGGAAGAAUCUGUACGCACCAAGCGCAGAUACAGGUCUCGUUCAAGAUCAGCGUCACCCUCACCUGGGCAAUCAAAAUCCCCUGCCCGCAGGCGACGAUCCCACUCACGGUCACGCUCAAGGUCGCCGCCCUCUUCUUACAGACGAAGAAGCGCCUCUGAGUCUCCGCCCCCAAGGAGGAGGAACAGGUCAAGGUCACGGACACCUCCACCUAGGAGACGUCGAGAGAAAACGCGUAGUCCUUCACCAGAUUAUGGAGUACAACCAUUUUACCAGACCGAUGCAAACACAAGGCUAGGGGAAGAAAACAAGGGUGCCCAACUCAUGAAGAAAAUGGGUUGGGGUGGACAGGGUCUUGGUGCCAGAGAGCAGGGUAUUGUAGACCCAGUCUCAGGGGGUGAAGUCAGAGAGAAGAUGGACAUGUACCGAGGGGUCGGCGUCGAGAUCAACGACCCCUUUGAAAGUUUCCGAAAAAACAAAAGUAGCAGUUUCAUGACAAGAAUGAAAAUUAGAGCGGCAAAGUCAGCAAAGUAAAAAAAUGAAUGUCAAGAAGCGGAUUCCACAAGUCAAGAAAAUAUCAACAUAGUCGACAUGAACUUCAGUGGUAUAUAUGACCACAGUUACUUCUGAACUACUUUCCUCAUAAACCCUUUAUAGACUGUUCAUUUCUAUAUAAUCAUCACUAUACACAGACAUUGCUUAUCUUGGGUUUUGUUUUUGCUCCAAUAUAUUUAGGAAUAAUGACAGAAAAAUGAUUAAGGAAUAGUAAUACAUGGUUUUUCUUUGGAAAAGAGAUUCUAUGUUUGCACAGGAGACAGUGAAAAAUGUCAAUUCGUUUCAAUACCUUUU